AUGAAACGCUCUCAGUCUCGAGCGCCAUCGCCGACGCCCACAUCAUUCUCGGGCAUCUCCAACUAUCGCACCGAAUCCUAUCGACCGAUUAGAGACAAAACCGUUCCCGCAGUGCCGACAAUCGACUAUCGACUCAUAUCAAAGACCCAUUUUGAUGAGCUGAGCAAAUACUUGGCCGUUUAUCUAUCUAAAGCCCCACCCAACUCCCGGUCGACAGCGAGGCAAAAGCUCACUCGUCUUACUAUCCAGCAGUUCCACGAAUUAUCGACCGAUGUAUAUGAUGAACUGAUCCGUAGGAAAGGUGAUACAGAAGUGCCCUUCUUGCCUGUCCGAGAGGAAUUCCAUCCUAAACGGAAUCAGGCUAGACAGAAACUAGCCACUUUACCUACCGCCAGGUUCGAAGAUCUAUCCAGCGACGUUUAUUUUGAGUUGGCCCGGCGGUAUCCAGAGUUCAAAGAAGAUCCUUCUGGACGAGGAUCACCGGGAUCUAAUUACGAUGACUACCCUGCUCCUGAUUUCCCAGCUAAUUCUCCCCCUCGUGCAAGCAACUCAAGAACAUCUGGCCGCAUUUCUGCUGAUCGUCCAGUCGACGGCGGUGUCUCUGCGCGUCGGCCGUCUCAAGAUAGACGUCGGCCGAGUGAAGACCUCUUUUCGGGCAGGACAAGUGAUGAUAACAAUUACACUCCCAGCAUCGCAUCGCUUUCAUCUCGACGGAAGCCUUCGCAGGAUACGACCAAACGAUCUGAUGAAAGAGAACGAGACCGAGAAUUCCUCCCUCGACGCUCUGAAGAGCGGGAUCGAGAUCAAUUCCCUAUCCGUCGACCCAGUGCUCCCAGUGUUAGUGGGACCAGUGAUAGUGCUGGUACAGCUAACCCUGUGCAAAGCGCCACGGCUACCAGCGGUAUGAUCAUCCCGAACAAAAGCACUAUGGAGGAAGAAUACAUCGAGGUACCAUACGGUAGGGAUGCCCGGGAGAGUGGCAGCACGACGGUGGAUGACAGAGAUCCGAGCCGGAAUGCGAGUCAAGAUGUCAGCUUUAUGGGUGGAGUGGUAGAUGAACCCGACAGUGCCAGCGAUUAUCCGAGUCCGUUAAGUCCGCGUAGCCCUGUGGGACUUAGCGCGCUCAGCGCAAGAUUGAAAGGAGUCGAGGAUGAGGACGACGAAGCCACCACCGGGAGAAGUGGAGAGGACUACUUUGACAGGGUGUCUUAUGGGAGGACAUCUGCAAAUUCUGAUCGUUCGGCGGGUGGAAUAACCUCUCGCCUUGCGGGAGGUAGGGCAAGCGUAUCAGAAGAUAACGAGAAGAUGCGACGGGAUUAUGAAUACAAAAUCGCCACGAUGCAGACUCAAAUUACAAAUAUGCAGCGAGAACUUGGUGACUCCGAGCAGCGAGAACGCAAGUGGCAGGAAGGGGAGGCGCGUGUACGUCAGAUGGAAGAAGAGUUGCAGGUAUUACGUCGGCGAGCUGAGGAGCAAUCCACUGCCAUGCGUGCCCUCCAGAAGGAGCUUGAUGACUUGCGCGAUAUUCGACAAAGAGAGAAAGAGCGGGAAGCCCGAAGGGCACAAACGGAUGAAGAUGAGCUCCAAAUUCUGCGUGAUCGAUGCGAGAUUCUUGAGCAACAGCGCGAAGGAGGGGCAGAUCCAGAAACAAUUGAGCAACUAAACUCGGACAUGCAGGGAUUACUACGCGAGCUUGAAGACUUGUCCCGCCGCAAUGAUGAUCUCAUGACGGCUAAAGACUCUGAUAUCAUAGUUAUGCGCGACCUGGAUAGCCAACUAAAGGAAUAUAAACGCAAGUACGAACAAGCCAAAACAGAACUGCGGAGUGUUAAAGCUACUUCUCAGCUGUACACGCAGGCACCCAAAUUCACUAAUGUAGAGGAUCAACUACCUGUUUCAAGCGACGGAGGAAUUUUGGAUAUCCAUAUUACGGCCUUCCUUUCAGGUAUUGAUGGUCUGCUUACUGCCGCUCGUUCCAAUGCGCCCACGCGAGUCCUCACACCAAUGAAAUCCGUUGUAAAUGCCGUAACUUCCAUUGUUGACGACGUCCGAGCAUUUGAACGGCGGCCUCAAAGAGACCGUUCCGAUAUUGACCUCGAUACUCUUCGAUCAUUACGUGAACGAGCAGACGCCACUCUGGGAAACCUUGUUGCAGCAUCGAAGACACACGCAACGAGUUCUGGCAUGUCGCCAGUCAGCUUAUUGGACGCCGCUGCCAGCCACGUCUCUGCUACCAUCACUGAAAUCAGCAAGAUCAUCUGUGUACGCAAAGCUACGAAAGCUGAACAGGAGCAAUUUUCUGCUGCGCCUUACAUCCCCAGUGGGAGUGCGACCAACGGCUUUUCUCCCUCACUGCGGUCGGUAGCAGAGAAGGAGGGGCAUUACCGUAAAGCAAGUUCUUCAUCCAACACGGAACGGGGGCCUCGUUUUACUGAGUCUCCUACCCCCCAGUCGCGGCCCAGUCUAGAUACUUACCGGCAGAGGACGCCCUCAGACAACUCCAGCUCUGAAAACACCAACUCACCGCCUCCGAUAUUCGAUCGACAACCAGGCAAUGGCAUAGGAAGCGACGAUUCAACAACGGGUGAUGUAGUAGAAGAUAAUUGGGCUGAGCUCAAGCCGUAUCUUGAAGCGCAGACAACGGCGGUCAUCGACACGAUCCAAAGUGUUUUGUCGAGCGUUCGUAGUCCAACGCCCUCGAAUAAUUUGAACGAGAACUUGACGCAGAUCAUAACGAUUGUGUCAAGCAUCGUGGCAGUGUGUAACGAUAACCUGCCUCCGGCGCAUCAGAAGCAGGGGAGUCAGCUGCUUGCUGAGUUAACGGAGCAUGCGAACAAGUUGAGCGAGGUGCAGAGUGCGGAGGUCACGAAAGAGUCGAGGCAGAUCAUGGCGAGAUCAAGCUUCGCGGUUGCUAAUGCGAUGAGGACUCUUUCAAAGUUGUGA